AGCUGGUGGCGCGUCUUGGAGAGCCCGCGGGAAGCCCGACCCCCAGGAGCCCCGCGUUCCCCCGGCCCGACCCGGCCCGGUCCCGCGUGAUGGAGCUCCUCUGGGCCCCUCUCCUGGGUCUGUGCUGCAGUCUGGCCGCUGCGGACCGUCAUACCGUCUUCUGGAACAGCUCGAACCCCAAGUUCCGGAACGACUAUACAGUGCGUGUGCACCUCAACGACUACCUAGACAUCAUCUGCCCACACUAUGAGGAUGACAGGGUGGCAGAGGCAGACAUGGAACGCUACACACUGUACUUGGUGGAGCAGGAGCAGUAUGAGAUGUGCCAACCUCAGUCUAAGGACCAGGUCCGCUGGCUGUGCAACCAUCCCAAUGCCCGGCAUGGCCCUGAGAAGCUGUCUGAGAAGUUCCAGCGUUUCACCCCCUUCACCUUGGGCAAGGAGUUUAAAGAAGGACACAGUUACUACUAUAUCUCCAAACCCAUUCAUCAACAAGAAGACCAGUGCUUAAGGUUGAAGGUGACCAUCAAUGGAAAAAUCGCUCACAACCCUCAAGCCCAUGCCAACCCACAGGACAAGAGUUUGUCAGAUGACCCCACAGUGCAGGUACUACACAGCAUCGGUCACAGCGCUGCUCCUCGCCUCUUCCCACUGGCCUGGGCGGUUCUGCUAUUGCCGUUCUUGCUGCUACAGGCCCCAUGAAGAUGGCGCCACAUCCGGCCUUAGGAGUGGAACUGGGCGGAGGUUGCAGGGGCAGGCCCUCCUCCCCUGUCCCUGCUGAUCCCAAACAAAGCCCCAGUUCUGGAACCCACAUGCACAAGCUCAGAACGGGUCAGUGUUCAGGGUUUUAACCCAAAGGAGGCCAGCAAGCCUGAUGGUGCCGACACCCCUCCUUCCACCUAAGUGGGACAGAGUCGUGGAAGAAGGGCCUUUUUUUUUUUUUUUUUGCCAUUCCUGCCUUUAUGCCAAAGAAAAACAAGUUUGCUGGGACUCCCACACAGGGCAUCAGGGGAACCCAGCUGGAACAGCCUGGACACACGCAAGGUGGACUCUGAGCUUGGCCAGGAUGCGCGUGUGAACUGACUGAAGGAAAAGCAGCGGCAGCUUGGAAACUUGGUACAAGAGAGAGAGGCAAAGCUUGAGCUGACCCCGCAUCUCCCCCAAGAUUUUGGUUGGUGGGGCAACCACGGGGAGGUUUGUAGGGGCGCGCACUGCAAGCCUUUCCCCGAGCUGUGCUAGCGGGAAGGCCGUGGUAGCCUGUUCUCAGAAUGUAGUUGCAAGGGCAGGGCCCACAGUACAGGAUCUGUAUAUAAAUUCGCUCUGUGUAUGUCUGUGUUGAUUUCUACAACUGGAUUUUUUUUUUUUAUACAAGGAACGGUGGUAGUUCCUCACCUGAAAUAAAGCCAUUUGUUUUUGGA